AUGGAGAUCAGUCCCACCAGCAACGCCAAGCACGACAGCACAGUCAACCCCGCCAAACGACCCAAAGUCCUUAUCGUCGGAGCAGGUCUGGCAGGACUUACUCUCGCCAUGCUCCUCCAUAAAGCCAACAUCCCCUAUGAAGUCUUUGAGCGUGCACAGGAAAGCAAACCCCUAGGUUCUGGUACUGUGUUAACAUCGCAGACGUGGCCGUUGAUUCGACAACUUGGACUAGAGGAGGAGUUUAAUUCUCUGAGCAAGGUCCUAACUACUAUUAACGUGGGGAAAGAGAAUCGCCAAAUUGAUUUUCAGAUCACUGUGGGGAGCAAGGGCGCCAUGGAGAGGUUUGGAGGCGAGACUCGACUUAUUACUCGUCCAGUGCUCUAUGACCUCUUCCUGCGCCAGAUCCCCAAGGAACGUGUGCACUUCGGUAAAAAGAUCCUCACCACCAAGCAAGGAGGCAACGGCGUCCUUAUCCGCUGCAGUGACGGGACUGAGUAUGAGGGAGACAUUUUGGCAGGAGCGGAUGGCGCUCACAGCGCUGUUCGUCAAAAUCUUUACGCAGAGCUCAAGGAACAGAACAAGUUGCCUCCACUGGACGGUGAGGCUCUUCCGUUCAUCAAUGUUUGCCUAGUGGGACAGACGAGACCGCUAACUGUUGAAGAAUUCGCGGACAUUGAGCUGGAGGAGUGUCAGUUCAACCGUGUCGUCGGUGAGAACAAGCCCUAUGCUUGGGGAACAUUUACGACCGCCCAACGGACAGUGGCUUACAGUUUGGUCGAAUUUUUGCCCAUGGAAACAAGCAAGAACGAUGAGACAUUCUGUGACUCCGAAUGGGGGCCGGAGGCAACUGCUGUGAUGUGCGAACAGGUUCGAGAUUUCCCCAUCAUCGCAGGUGGAGACAAAAAGUUCACGGUUGGUGACCUUAUUGACUGGACACCCAAGGAGUACAUCUCCAAGGUCAUGCUCGAGGAGAAAGUCUUCCAAACCUGGAGUAGCUGCCGCACUGUCCUAUUGGGAGAUGCGUGUCACAAAUUCAAUCCAUCUGGCGGAGCUGGAGCGACAAACGCUAUGCACGAUGCGGUGAUCCUUGCAAACUACAUUGAUGCUCUUCCCGAUCAUCCCACCACAGAUGACAUUGAAAAGGCAUUCCUUUCCUACAAGGGCGAUCGCAUCGAGUGGGUUGAGGAUGUCUUCGAACAGAGCAAAUUGUUCAGGAGCAUGGUUGACAAGGGUAUCAAGGCUACCAUCAUCCGUUUCAUUCUCAAGUACGCGCCAGCUGCAGUGAUGAAGUCCAGAAAUGAGCGACAGGCCUCCUACAAGUCACAGGCAGCCUUCCUACCCCCAGAUAAGGCCGACCCUUUGGUGAAGGCGAUCUACCAGCCCAGUCUGCACGCUAAAGCGCAAGCACAUGAACGGGUUGCCCAAGAAAAAAAGUCAUAG